ACUCUCUCCUCUUUUCUCCUCUGCUAUUUCCUGUUACGUAAAGGUGUCUUUCUAAAUCGACAACUGAGACAACACGCAGCUGAACAGACUACAAACCUCGAAACAAGGUUAAAACGAUUCUGGGAAAUACUCGGUCAGUUACUUGGGAAAGAUCCACCCAGAGUACAGAUGCCUGUAGCUGUAGGACCGUAUGGACAGGCACAGCCAAGCUGUUUUGACAGAGUCAAAAUGGGCUUCAUGAUGGGCUUUGCAGUCGGAAUGGCGGCUGGUGCCAUGUUUGGAACGUUCUCCUGCCUAAGAAUUGGGAUGAGAGGUCGAGAGCUGAUGAGUGGAGUGGGAAAGACCAUGAUGCAAAGUGGGGGUACAUUUGGAACCUUCAUGGCCAUUGGCAUGGGCAUUCGCUGCUGACUAUGCUGUUCACUUUACUUGACUCUUCCUUCUUUUCAUAUAUUCACAAUGUCAGAAAACUGUUUAAUAAAAUUGUAUUAAUAAAACUGUUAAUAAAAUUGUAAUUUAAAAAACCUCUAAGACAUACA